AUGAAGAAGUUUUUCGACUCGCGCCGGGAGCAGGGUGGCUCUGGCCCUGGAUCGGGCACCAGCGGCGGCGGCGGCGGCAGCGGCGGCCCGGGCAGCGGGUACAUCGGGCGGGUGUUCAGCAUCGGCCGGCACCAGGUGACGGUGGACGAGGUGCUGGCGGAAGGUGGAUUUGCGAUAGUGUUUCUUGUGAGGACUAACAAUGGGAUGAAAUGUGCCCUGAAGAGGAUGUACGUCAAUAACGAGUACGACUUGCAAGUCUGCAAAAGAGAAAUCCAAAUCAUGCGGGACCUAUCUGGCCACAAGAACAUUGUCGGAUACAUUGAUUCCAGCAUAAACUCAGUAAGCAGUGGCGACGUGUGGGAAGUGCUGAUACUAAUGGACUUCUGUCGAGGAGGUCAAGUGGUCAACCUUAUGAACCAACGCCUGCAGACGGGAUUCACAGAAAACGAGGUCCUGCAGAUCUUCUGCGACACCUGCGAAGCCGUAGCCAGGUUGCAUCAGUGUAAAACGCCAAUAAUCCACAGGGAUUUGAAGGUUGAAAACAUCCUGCUGCACGAUCGUGGUCACUAUGUCCUGUGUGACUUUGGAAGUGCUACUAACAAAUUCCAGAACCCUCAAACAGAAGGGGUGAAUGCGGUGGAGGAGGAGAUCAAAAAGUACACUACGUUAUCCUAUAGAGCACCAGAAAUGGUCAACCUGUAUAGUGGCAAACUUAUUACUACAAAAGCAGACAUAUGGGCCCUUGGCUGUUUACUGUACAAGCUGUGUUACUUCACCUUGCCAUUUGGGGAGAGUCAGGUGGCAAUCUGUGAUGGCAAUUUCACUAUUCCAGAUAAUUCUCGGCACUCGCAAGACAUGCACUGCCUCAUCCGGUAUAUGCUUGAGCCAGAUCCUGAUAAGAGACCCGAUAUUUAUCAGGUCUCCUACUUUGCAUUCAAAUUGGCAAAGAAGGAAUGCCCAGUCCAGAACGUCCAGAACUCUCCAAUUCCUGCUAAACUCCCAGACCCAGUUAAAGCAAGUGAAGCUGCUGCAAAGAAGAGUCAACCAAAGGCCAGGCUGACAGAUCCCAUCCCUACGACAGAAACUUCCAUAGCACCCCGCCAGAGACCUAAAGCAGGACAGACACAACCCAACCCUGGAAUUCUACCCAUUCAGCCAGCCCUGACACCUAGGAAGAGACCCACGGCUCAAGCAGCCAUUCAGCCGCAAGUUGCAGGACCGGCUACCCUGGGCAGUGGUCAGCCUUCACUCCCUGCAAGCAUCCCCCAGCAAAAAGCAGCACCUCAACAGACACCGGCACAGCCACAAGCCAAGCAGGUGCCGGCUCCGCAGCAGGCCUCGCAGGCGCAGCCCCAGGUCCCUUCUACUCAGCCACAAGCCACACCUCAGCAUCAACAGCAGCUUUUCUUGAAGCAGCAGCUUCUGCAACAGCAGCAGCAGCAGCAACAGGCUGCAUAUUACCAGCAGCAGCAGAUGAUGCAAGCUCAGCAGUUCUGGUGGUGGUACCCCACUUCCCAGCUGCACAACUAGCAGCUCAAGAGCUGUUUUUUUUCCCAGUUCCCAGUGAUGCAGCAAGGAGCGCCAGCACAGCAGCAGCUGAUGCAGAACUAUUACCAGCAGCAGCAACAGCAGCAGCAGAUGAUGGCCCAGCAGGCAGCAAUGCAGCAGAAGACAGCGGUAGCAGCAGUUCAGCAAAAGCAACAAGCCCCGGCGCCGCCGCAGCCCCAGGCCCAGCAAAGCGGGGCCCAGCCAGCGCAGCUGCAGGAGCAGGUGAUGCAGCCGCAAAUGAGGCAACAGCAAAAACCUCAAACCACACCCCCCGCAGCAGUGCAAGGUCAGAAGCUGGGCUCUCUCACCCCUCCGUCCUCCCCCAAGACGCAGCGUGCGGGGCACAGGAGGAUUCUGAGCGACGUGACCCACAGUGCGGUUUUUGGGGUUCCAGCCAGCAAGUCUACCCAGCUCCUGCAGGCAGCUGCUGCUGAAGCCAGUCUCAACAAGUCCAAAUCUGCUUCCACCACACCCUCGGGUUCCCCAAGGACCUCACAGCAGAAUGUCUAUAACCCACCCGAUGUCUCCACGUGGAAUCCAUUUGAUGAUGAUAACUUCUCCAAACUCACAGCUGAGGAGCUACUGAACAAGGACUUUGCAAAGCUAGGUGACGGGAAAGCUCCAGAGAAGAUGGGCAGUUCCACAGAGAACUUGAUUCCAGGUUUCCAGCCGGCUUCAUCUGCAGGCCAGGCAGAUGCAUUUGGUGGCUCUUCCUUCACUGCUGGAUCAGCUGAAAAAACGAAAGACAUUCUGAGUUUGGACACUAGCCCUCCUCUUCUGACUGUGCCUGAUCCUUUCAUUCCUCUCCCAUUAUCCGACACACCAGAAAAACUGAUUGAGGGACUCAAAUCUCCUGAGACUGCGCUUCUGCUCCCUGAUAUCCUGCCUCUCGCUGACCCCUUCGGUAGCACAUCAGACGCUGUGAAUGGAAAACCUGACGUAGCUGUCGAGAGUCUCAUACCGGGCCUCGAGGCUCCAUUGCCCCAACGCCUUGUGUCACAAACUGAGUCGGUUGCCUCCAACAGAACAGAAGAUACUAACCUGAUAUCAGGCUUUGAUGCUCCUGAGGGCUCUGAAAAAGUGACAGAAGAUGAGUUUGACCCAAUUCCAGUGUUGAUAUCCAAAAAUUCACAAGGUGGGCAUUCUAGAAACAACAGUGGAAGCUCUGAGUCCAGUCUUCCCAACAUAGCCAGGUCUUUACUGCUGGUGGAUCAGCUCAUAGACCUGUAGCAGUGACACAGUAGCAGACGCAGUUUCUGUAACGUACCUAAUCCUCCGUUUUCAUUUCCAGAAGAGUUACCUUCAGUUGUGGU